UCCCCAGUGAGGCAGGCCAGCCAAUCACUGACGCGGACUGUGAACGGUGACGCAUGCGCCCUGGAGUGUCAAGUUCAUGUGUUCCAGAAGCACCGUGGAGGUCACGAUUUUCUGAGCAGGACAGAGAGGGCUGCUGGAGGCUGCACACCAUCAUGGCAAAGCUGUUUGAGAGCAUCGGGAAGCUGGGGCUGGGGCUGGCUCUGGUGGGAGGGGUGGUGAACUCCGCCCUGUAUAACGUGGAUGCCGGUCACAGAGCGGUGAUAUUUGACCGUUUCCGAGGAGUCCAGGACAUCGUGGUGGGAGAGGGAACGCACUUCCUCAUCCCCUGGGUCCAGAAACCAGUCGUGUUCGACUGCCGGUCUCGCCCACGCAACGUCCCAGUCAUCACAGGGAGUAAAGAUCUGCAGAACGUGAACAUCACGCUGAGAAUCCUGUUCAGGCCGAUGGCGGGCCAGCUGCCCCGAAUCUUCACCAGCAUCGGGGAGGACUACGAUGAGAGAGUGCUGCCCUCCAUCACCACGGAGGUCCUCAAGUCUGUCGUGGCUCGCUUCGAUGCGGGGGAGCUGAUCACGCAGAGAGAGCUGGUGUCCCGGCAGGUGAACGAGGACCUCAUGGAGAGAGCCGCCACCUUCGGGCUCAUCCUGGACGACGUCUCCCUGACUCACCUGACCUUUGGGAAGGAGUUCACAGAGGCUGUGGAGAUGAAGCAGGUGGCCCAGCAGGAGGCAGAGCGAGCCCGCUUCGUGGUGGAGAAGGCGGAGCAGCAGAAGCAGGCCACCAUCAUCUCGGCGGAGGGAGACUCCCAGGCCGCCCUGCUCAUCGCGGACUCGCUGGCCACGGCGGGCGACGGGCUGGUGGAGCUGCGCAAGCUGGAGGCAGCCGAGGACAUCGCCUUCCAGCUGUCCCGGUCCCGCAACGUCACGUACCUGCCUGGGGGCCAGAGCACGCUGCUGCAGCUCCCUCAGUGAGGGAGGCCGGGCCCCCAGAGAGGAGAGCAGCCCGCCGCGGAACCAUCGGAUUCACCACAGCGGGCCAGGAUAGCACCUGUGCAUUUUUUUGUUUGUUGUCUGCCUCUUCUGUAGCCACCCAGUACUCUGAUGUGGCGGUCUUGUGAUAAUGUACAAUCUCUCCCAUAAUAUAUCCGGCUGAUUUUAACAUAUUAAACUUAUUUUUUUAAUUCUC